AUGAAAAAUAACGAGCUUCUGGAUGCUAGCUACAAAGAUAUAGCGAGGUUUAUCAAUAGAUGAUCAACAAAAAAUAAAGUUCUUUCUAAAGUGCGCUCAGCUGGCUCUAUUUGCUCUCCCUCAAAUCUAAGGGCAGAAUUAUUUUUCAAAAACCCUAACUCCCCCCCCUCCGUGAGUGAACAAAAAAAUUUUUGUUCACUCACGGAGGGGGGUUAAUUUUUUUUUAAAAAAAUUUAUAUAAAAAAUAUUUUUUUUCAAAAUUUAAAAAAAUCCUAAUUCGCAAAAAUUGGAAAGCAAAUAUUAAUUUAAUUUAUAAAAUUUAUGUUUUAAAAAGCAAUUCGUUCAAAAUUAAAUAGAAUUAGCUCUAGAUUUCAUUAUACUAAUUAUCAUUUAUAUAUCAAAAAUUUUUUCCAUAAAAAAAAAUUUUCUAUUAAAAAAAUUUUUGUUCACUCACGGAGGGUGGGUUUUUGGGCAAAAAAUAGCGAUUUUUCUAAUGGUUUUGUUCGCUCACGGAGGGGGGGGAGUAAGCAGAGAAAAAAACAAACUAUAUUAAGUCAAUACAUAAUUAGAAGAUCAGAGCUAAAAGUCGCCAAAAAAAAGAUCUUGCAAACUUUUAACGAAAGCUUUGUCAGUUUGGAGAUGCUGCGUAAACAAUGCUUGAAAUCUCUUGAAAUUGAUUUCGAGUCAGUUGAUGGAUGGUGUCAAGAAAUUAUUGAGGAAAUUUCAAAUUUUGAAACAAAGAAAGUUCUGAAAUCGCUGGCAGAUGAUGAGGAGAACAUUCAGCAUGCACUCUUCAUGGACCAGAAAAGCUCCAAUUUAAUUGAAAAUGUGAAUUUCGUAUGCACAGUAAUUUCCACAAUUACAGAAUUAAUCGAAAGUUUGGUUUCAAUGGGCUCUGAAGAUUCGUUUUAUUAUAAGUUCAGAGAAUAUACAAUUAAAAUACUUAAACCUAUAAUUGAUGAAUGAGCCAAAAUAGAUGAAAAAAUUUGAUAUCAUGGUCUGAAUGACACCCCAGAAACAAAACCUCCAUCACCAGUCCCUAUGAAUUUAUCUAAUUUAAUUCAAGCACAAAGUUGCAUUAGGGGAUAUUUAGCUAGAAAUCAAGUGAGCGAGUUCAAAAACUGUUUUCAAGAUCUUAUUGAAAAUAAUUUAAUGAGUAUCUCAUUUUCAAGAGAUUCAAGAGAUGCUGGCUCCCUCUAAAGAAUAAGCAAAACUAUUGGAAAAAUCUCUGUUUUGGAGAAGCCCUUUGAGAGUGAGCAAAAAAAUUUAGCAAAAAUUUUUAAUUAUGAGUGAUAAUUAUUAUAAUUAAAUUUCUAGCUCAAUUCUAUUGAAUUCUAAAAGCUAAAUUCGAUUAAUUUUUACUUUCCAAUUUUUACGAAAAAAAAUUAAUUAAAAUCUGUAUAUAAAAUCUUAAAAAAUUCAAUCCCCUCUAUGAGCGAUUUAUAUUUUUUUCGUGCUCAUGACGGAAGGGAGUGAGGAAGAAAGCAAAUUAAAUUCCCAGCCCUUUCCAAGUGCAGAAUUAAAUCCUGAUCUGCAGGUUCUUGAGUAUUCAGCAAAGCUAGUGGAGUCUAUUGAAAACAAUCUUGGUCCUUAUAAGCCAGAAUAUUUCUUUGACGAUCCACAACCUCGAAUAUCGCGCGAUGCUCUGGAAAUUCAAGAAGAAAAUGCCAUCUACCAAGGGGAAUGAAAUGAAGAAGAUAAAAGGCAUGGCUUUGGCCUCCAAAUUUUCAGUGAUAAUUCAACAUAUGAAGGCUUUUGAAGGAAUGGUAUGAGGGAUGGUGAAGGGCGAUUCAUUUGUGCAGAUGGGACUGUAUAUGAAGGAAACUGAAGAAAUAACAAAAAGCAUGGAAAUGGGAAAGAAAUCUGGAUUGAUGGGACAAAAUACGAAGGAAGUUAUGUUGAUGAUAAAAAAGUAGGGUUUGGAAGGUUUGCAUGAGUUGAUGGAAGCACAUAUGAAGGGAACGUUUACGAAGGAAUAAUACAAGGAAAAGGGAUAUACCGAUGGAGUGAUGGGAAAGUAUAUGAAGGAAACUGGAAAGAUGGGAAAAUGUAUGGAUUAGGAAAGUUUUAUUGGCCUGAUGGGCGAACAUAUGAAGGACAAUUUGUUGAAGAUGUAAUGCACGGUCAUGGAACUCUAAUUUGGCCAGAUGGUCGAAGGUAUGAAGGAAGCUGGCUUAAAGGGAAGCAAAAUGGAAAGGGAUUCUAUUGGAAUUCUAAAGGAAUUAAAAAAGAAAGUGAAUGGAAAGACGGUAAAAGAAUGAAAAAGCAUUCAAAAUGAAAUGUUAAAUUAAGCGAUUAA